AUGGCAGCGCGUACAUCAAGGUCAUCAUCUGAUGACUCACACUUGGAAUAUGUCCGCAAGCGUGUGUGCAAAGCCUGCGAUCGCUGCCGGCUAAAGAAGUCCAAGUGUGAUGAAGCUAAACCAUGCUCACGCUGCCGAUCGGAUAAUGCAAUUUGCGUCUUUGGAGAGCGAAAGAGAGCACAUGCGAAAGUGUACCCUCAAGGGUAUGCGGAAAAGCUCGAACAACAACAAGUAUGGCUGGUCCACGCUCUCCAAGAACUCUACCGUUGCACAACCGAAGGCGAAGGAUGGCCUGGCGAUCUUUUGAACGCUAAGCCCAGCGGUCACCCAGCCAUACACGACCUUCUUAAGCGCCUUGGCGCCCUUGACCACCCUAUUGGUCAGCGUUUUGAGGAGAAUACUGAAUUAAUGCAAAAGAGGCUAUGGCGCAAAGAGAAGCAGUGCCAUGAAGUUUGCGAUAACUCCUUUGAGGGCACGCAGUUGCCUAUCGUUCAUUCGCAGUUCACCUCCGACACCUUACCCCAGCAAAAGGGGUCUCCUAGUCUGUUAAAGCAAAGCCAUAUGCCGGUCGCAACACAGCAACCUAUUUCAACAAUACAGCGCGAUGUGAACACAGACACCCCUCAGCUUGAACCCAUGGGGUGGGAAUCUAGCAAUAGCAAUGCUUCCAAUUUUCUUGACGAGGUGGACAUGAUGGCUAACCCCGACUAUUCCGAUUUGAUUUUUGACGAACGUUUGCCACCUUCAUUGUUCAAUUGUCAGAUGCUAAUGAACACCCCCGAAUAUUCCGAUUUGGUCUUUGACGAACGUUUUCCACCUUCCAUGCUCAAUUGUCAGAUGCUGAAGGAUUGCGCCGUGCCCAAUGAGUAUGAGGAUCUUCUUCUGUUCGCUGGUUCAGACCCAACGGAGAUCACCUCAAUCUAA